AUGGUUGAAUUGUAUAAACUGGUCCAUCUAGCCCUCACUCCUCUCCUACUCCCUGCACCACUUCUGACUGGAAACCAGCGCCACCUGGUGGCCGGAGACCCACUUUACGACAGCUCGGCGCCGCUUUACGGCAGCAGCAGCAUGGCGAACCCUGGGCAGGAGGGCAGUGUGGUCCCAGGGAGAGGACAGCAGCUCUCUUUCAGCCAGGCCUGCUCCCUCAUCAAGAGCCCGUACUCGUGCCUGGUGCUGGACACCUGCCGGAGGCACAUCACCCUGUCCCCAGUCUUCCUCAAGCGGCAGAGAUCCGGCAUCGAGAAGCAGCUCCGGACAGAGUUACUCCGUUUCUCCGAGAGAAAUAGAAGGAAAAGACCAUAAAACCAGUCAAGCCUGCGCCACUAUUUACCACGAUCAUUGCUGAUCCAAAGCUUCAACUCCACUUCAAAUCUAUAGUUUCAUUAUAGAAUCCUUACGAUGUGGAAUGAGGCCAUUUGGCCAACUGAAUCUGCACCGAUCAUCUGAAGAGCAUC